AUGAAGGCAAUACUGAAUUUCGCUGUUUUUGCUGCUCUGAUAGUAACAACUUACGGACAAACAUGUGAUAUGGAAUUAUUAGGAACAUGCAUUCAAUCUGCUGUUACGGGUUGGCCUAUGUAUGAAAAUGUUAUAAAUCAAUCGACACGAUUUCAAUUACCUAAUGUUACGUCAGAGGAGUUAAGAACACUUUGCAACAUAACUACUGACCUUGGUGAAUGUGUUGGAAAUAGCUUGGCAGGAUGCUCCAGAGAGGAAGCUCUUUCUUUCGAAUUGAUAAUGUCAUCCGUAAAUUUCGUAUGCAACACCGAGGAUGAAUUUUUCGAGAACAAUAUGUGCCUGUCUGAACCAUCCUUAAUCAACGACACUACAUCCUGUCUGAACAUAAACGAAUUCUCGAUUUCUGAAACUAUGCUGGACAGCUCUAAAACUUUAGAAGUAUGCAGCCUUCUGGACACUGCCUUGUCAUGCAUAACUAGUUCCACCGAUGCCUAUUGUGGGUCACGGUCCAGUGAUUAUAUGAUUGCCUACGUGAUGACAUUAACAGGACCAGUACAAGACCUCCUCGGCUGCCACGCUCAACAAACAUUGACAGGUAUAUUUGAUAACACUGAAACAGUGACAGCCACAGCCACAGAAUCAACGGACACUUUACCUACCGAUGUGCCAACAGCGACCAUGAGUCCAUUUAAUGUAUCUGCUGAACCAGAUAUUAUAAAUGCUCAUAAUUCGACGCCAGAGACUACAGACCCUGAACCAGAGUUUGUCCCAACAACGACACCAGUUGUUUCUGGUACUACGUUUGCCGAAACCACUACAACCGCCAUUGAACCUGAUGUGGUACCAACAAUUUCCAUCGCUAUGGAAACAUCUGCUGAGUCAACAACUAGAAGCAAUACUGAGGCAACAACAACCACCUCAACCAUGGAACCAACGACCACCUCAACCAUGAAACAAACGACCUCCUCAACCAUGGAACCAACAACCACCUCAACCAUGGAACCAACGACCACAUCAACCAUGGAACCAACGACCACAUCAACCAUGGAACAAACGACCUCCUCAACCAUGAAACAAACGACCUCCUCAACCAUAGAACCAACAACCACCUCAACCAUGGAACCAACAACCACCUCAACCAUGGAAUCAACAUCCACCUCAACCAUGGAACCAACAACCACCUCAACCAUGGAACCAACAACCACCUCAACCAUGGAACCAACGACCACAUCAACCAUGAAACCAACGACCACCUCAACCAUGGAACCAACGACCACCUCAACCAUGGAACCAACGACCACCUCAACCAUGGAACCAACGACCACCUCAACCAUGGAACCAACGACCACAUCAACCAUGGAACCAACAACCACCUCAACCAUGGAACCAACCACCACCUCAACCAUGGAACCAACCACCACCUCAACCAUGGAACCAACCACCACCUCAACCAUGGAACCAACCACCACCUCAACCAUGGAACCAACGACCACAUCAACCAUGAAACCAACGACCACCUCAACCAUGGAACCAACAACCACCUCAACCAGUGAACCAACAACCACCUCAACCAUGGAACCAACAACCACCUCAACCAUGGAACCAACAACCACCUCAACCAUGGAACCAACGACCACAUCAACCAUGAAACCAACGACCACCUCAACCAUGGAACCAACCACCACCUCAACCAUGGAACCAACGACCACCUCAACCAUGGAACCAACGACCACCUCAACCAUGGAGCCAACAACCACAUCAACCAUGGAACCAAAGACCACCUCAACCAUGGAACCAACAACCACCUCAACCAUGGAACCAACGACCACCUCAACCAUGGAACCAACAACCACCUCAACCAUGAAACCAACAACCACCUCAACCAGUGAACCAACAACCACCUCAACCAUGGAACCAACAUCCACCUCAACCAUGGAACCAACGACCACCUCCACCAUGGAACCAACAACCACCUCCACCAUGGAACCAACGACCACCUCAACCAUGGAACCAACAACCACCUCAACCAUGGAACCAACAACCACCUCAACCAUGGAACCAACGACCAUCUCCACCAUGGAACCAACAACCACCUCCACCAUGGAACCAACAACCACCUCCACCAUGGAACCAACGACCACCUCCACCAUGGAACCAACAACCGCCUCAACCAUGGAUCCAAUAACCUCAGUGACCGAGGGCAUACACAUAGACCCUGAAAUGAACUGUGAUGAAGAAGUUAUUGCUGAGUGCAUUGUCAACUCCAUAGGAUCUUCUCCCUAUUACUCUCAAAUGGUAGAAGCAUCAACUACAGGGGUAUUUCCUCAAUUGUCAGCUACUGACCUGGAGGAAUUAUGCAAGUCGGUAGGCAAACUAGAUUGUCUUGAGGAGGAAACAAGAGGAUGCACUGGAGCCCACUUAUUGCAAUACACCUCUCUUCGACAUACAUUCAACUAUGUUUGUGGCGCCGGGAAGCAAGCUUUCUUGCAAGCAGCCGAGUGUUUUGCCGAACCGAAUGUAGUGCUAAGCACACAAACAUGCCUCACGGAACCUUCUUAUGAAAUCGGUUCACUUGUGUCCGUAAUAGCGUCCAAUCCUGAAUUAUUUAUGGAAUCUGACCGCCUCUGCAGUUUGCUAGAGACUACCUCAUACUGCUUCGUUAAUGCUGCAAGCAACUACUGUUCACGGGAACAAGCUGUAUCAGUCGUAAAUUAUAUCAGCAAUGUGAUGGAACCAACCAGGAAGUUUUUUGUCUGUCUAUUAGACGAAAUCACCCUUCCAUCAGUUAACAACACUGCCGAAUGGACAACCGAAUCUGCUUCCACAACUGAGAAAACGACAUCUGCUGAAGCAACAACCAUUGAUCACAUUAUCAUAACUGCUGAAGAUUCUACGGUUGGCCAGUCUACAACUGAGACAGCACCAACUACAACAGAACAGCAAGUGACAACUGAAAGCGCUACUGCAACCGAUCAUAGUACAACUGAAGGACAAAUAACGACCGACCAGACAUUUGAACAAACGACUACGCCUGAACAGUUAACUACCACUGAAGACAUUACCACAACUGAACAAGCUUCAACAACUACCCUAGAUUCCACAAGCGAGGAAACUACAACAUUAAGUCCAAUCACAACUGCGAAAACGACUACUACGUCUUUGCCUGUAGAUGAGCCGAAGAAAUGCUUCAACUGCCGCUAUCACGGUCACUUUCACUUCAAGUCAGAUUCAAUUGCCGAUAAGGUAAAUGAAUACUGCAUGGCCAAUGGUCUUAAGGGUUUCUGUCCCAUCGACACCUGUGUAUGUGGAGACGAUCAAACAUUUGUCGCUGAAUGUGAAGUCCGCGGUGUUUACAGAAGCGUCGUUGGGUAUAAGGAAUGGUGUGAACUCAUGUGUAACCAAGGGAACUGUCAGAGCUACCCAUGUGACUGUCAUAUGGUGUUAUUCCGAAGAUCUGACAAUCAAUUGGCUUAA